AUGCUCUGUGAAGUGGGCAGGUUUAGCAGGCGCGAGCUGUGGGCUUUACUACGGUUCGCCCGCCUCCCCCGCCCAGCACGCCCCCUCCCCUUCUUCCCGCCCCCAGCACGCGUUCCUCGCAACCACCCCGCCCCUCCUCCCCUACCCCCCUCCACUCCGGGCUGGGGAACCUCCAUUGACGUGCCGGUGACGCCGCCGCGCGCCGCCGCCGCCGCCGCCGCCGCGGGGGGUUCCGAACGCCGCACAGGUAACGCGGCGGCUGCCGCCAUAUUGGCGGCGGGAGGCAGUACAGAGUUGUCUUCUUUUUGGGCACAACAGCGGGCAGCGGAUCCCCCACUCUCCCAGCUUCUGAGGUACCCGCAGCUGAGGAGGUCAGCGAUCACUGAGUACGGGGUGCGGAGUCUCGGACUCAGCAGCGAGCGAGGUCCACGGACGGGAUGCGUGGUGGUGCAGACCGGCAGCUCCUGUUCGAGUGCUCCUGAAGUGGCGAUGCUACCAUUCGUUCCUCUGGAGGAUCUCUGGGACCAAGAAAUGGAGGUGUUCCGCAGCGGCAGUGCGAGCGACAGUGCGAGCGGCAGUGUGAGCGGCAUCGAGCCACAGAUUGUGUUUGUUCCGAGGACAACGGAGGCCAUGCAUGAAUAUGAGCAUGUCGAGGUAAAUGAUCUUAGAAUGGUUGAGGAGCCAAUGGAAGAGGGAGAACCAGCACCUGGCCUGAAUGAAGAUCUUAAAGAAAUCCCUAUUACACAGCAUGUGAAAGAAGGAUAUGAGAAAGCAGAUCCUGCACAGUUUGACUUGCUUAAGGUUCUUGGUCAGGGAUCUUUCGGAAAGGUUUUUCUUGUUAGAAAGAAGACUGGUCCUGAUGCUGGGCAGCUCUAUGCAAUGAAGGUGUUAAGAAAAGCUUGUUUAAAAGUUCGAGACCGAGUUCGCACAAAGAUGGAGAGGGAUAUUCUGGUGGAAGUAAACCAUCCAUUUAUCGUCAAAUUACACUAUGCCUUUCAGACUGAAGGAAAGCUGUAUUUAAUCUUGGAUUUCCUCAGGGGGGGAGAUGUCUUCACAAGAUUAUCCAAAGAGGUUCUUUUUACAGAAGAAGAUGUGAAAUUCUACCUUGCAGAGUUGGCCCUGGCUUUGGAUCAUCUGCAUCGAUUGGGAAUUGUAUAUAGAGACCUGAAGCCAGAGAACAUCUUGCUUGAUGAAAUAGGACAUAUCAAGUUAACAGAUUUUGGGCUUAGCAAAGAGUCAGUGGAUCAAGAAAAGAAGGCAUAUUCAUUUUGUGGUACUGUAGAGUACAUGGCUCCUGAAGUGGUAAAUAGACGAGGCCAUUCUCAGAGUGCUGAUUGGUGGUCAUAUGGUGUACUUAUGUUUGAAAUGCUUACUGGCACUUUGCCAUUUCAAGGUAAAGACAGAAAUGAGACCAUGAAUAUGAUACUGAAAGCAAAACUUGGAAUGCCUCAAUUUCUUAGUGCUGAAGCACAAAGUCUUUUAAGGAUGUUAUUCAAAAGGAAUCCAGCGAAUAGAUUAGGAUCAGAAGGAGUUGAAGAAGUCAAAAAACAUGGUUUUUUUGCAUCUAUUGACUGGAAUAAAUUAUAUAGAAGAGAAGUCCAGCCUCCUUUCAGACCUGCUUCUGGAAAAGCAGAUGAUACUUUUUGUUUUGAUCCUGAAUUUACUACCAAAACACCUAAAGAUUCUCCUGGUCUGCCAGCCAGUGCAAAUACUCAUCAACUCUUCAAAGGAUUCAGCUUUGUGGCAACUUCCAUUGCAGAAGAAUAUAAAAUCACUCCUGUUACAAGUGCAAAUGUAUUACCAAUCAUCCAGAUAAAUGGAAAUGCUGCUCAAUUUAGUGAAGUCUAUGAACUGCAAGAGGAUAUUGGUGUUGGAUCUUACUCUGUUUGCAAGCGAUGCAUACAUUCAGCUUCCAACAUGGAGUUUGCAGUGAAGAUCAUUGACAAAAAUAAACGAGACCCCUCAGAAGAAAUUGAAAUUCUGAUGCGCUAUGGACAACAUCCCAACAUUAUCACUUUAAAGGAUGUCUUUGAUGAUGGGAAAUAUGUUUACCUUGUUACGGAUUUGAUGAAAGGAGGAGAACUACUGGAUCGUAUUCUCAAGAAAAAGUGUUUCUCAGAACAGGAAGCUAGUGAAGUACUCUAUGUAAUAACAAAGACAGUUGAAUAUCUUCAUUGUCAAGGAGUUGUUCAUCGUGAUCUUAAGCCCAGUAAUAUUUUGUAUAUGGAUGAAUCAGCGAACGCAGAUUCCAUUAAGAUCUGUGAUUUUGGGUUUGCAAAACAGCUUCGAGGAGAAGAUGGACUUCUGUUAACUCCCUGCUACACUGCAAACUUUGUAGCACCUGAGGUUCUUACUCAACAGGGGUAUGAUGCUGCUUGUGAUAUUUGGAGCUUAGGAGUCCUUUUGUACACUAUGUUGGCUGGCUACACUCCAUUUUCCAAUGGACCCAAUGAUACUCCUGAAGAAAUACUCCUGCGUAUAGGCAAUGGGAACUUCUCUUUGAGUGGUGGAAACUGGGACAAUAUUUCAGAUGGAGCUAAGGAUUUGCUUUCUCAUAUGCUUCACAUGGACCCACAUCAGCGUUAUACUGCGGAAGAAGUAUUAAAGCACUCUUGGAUAACUCACAGAGAACAGUUGCCGAGGGAUGAGCCAAAGACAGAUGACAUACCAUAUAUUGUUACGGAAGCAAUGGUUGCAACAUACUCUGUCUUGACUCGCCAGACUUUCCAACCAGUCCUAGAGCCUGUUGCUGCUUCAAGUUUAGCUCAGAGACGGAGCAUGAAAAAGCGAACAUCAACUGCCUUAUCGGUGCCUAGCCCAACUGUCACCAGAGACUCUUCAUCCAGCAACUGAUGGAAAGAGAUGCAGAGAGACCCACAGCCAAACAUUAGGCGGACCUCGGGGAGUCCUCCAGAAGGGGAGGAAGGAUUCUAGAGGCCAGAGGUGUCAAGGACACCACAAGAAUAUCCAGAGAAUCAACUAACCUGUUCUCAUAGGAGCUCACAGAGACAGAACCGACAAUCAGGGAGCCUGCAUGAGACUCAUCUAGGCCCUCUGCAUAUAUGUGAAAAUUGUGUAGCUUGAUCUUCUUGUGGGGUUCCUAACACUGGGAUCAGGGACUGUCUUUGACUCUUUUGCUGGCCUUUAGGACCCUUACCCUCAUACUGGAUUUCCUUGUCCAGCCUUAAUGGGAGGGGAGGUGGUUAGUCUUUCUGCAACUUGAUCUGCCAUGUUUGGUUGAUAUCCAUGGGGAAGGCAGAGGGGAGAUGGGGGGAGGGACUGGGAAGAGAGGAAGGAGGGGAAACAGCAUUCUGUUUGUGAAAAAUAAUGAAAUAAAAUACCUAUUAAAAGAAAAAAUAAUCGUAAAUUCUAAUAGUGUUUAACAGUUUAAGAAUCUUAAAGGUAAAUCAAAUGUGCCAAUUAGCAUAUUAUCAUUGUUGAUUUAGAAACAUCACUCAACCAUAUACACUGUCUUUACUAUAAAGAAUUUACUUAAGAUAUGAUGGUAUAUGUUAGCGUAAGUUGAAAAUAAAAGAUUGGAAAUA